AACAGGAUAAGGCCCUGGAAUAAUGCCGUUGCUCUCGCCUUCUUCUCCAUCAUCUGGCACUUCUUUGAUUGAAAAUGUGUCUAUGGAGGUCACCUCUCACUCGCAUCGGCUUGAGAAGGACAUAAAUGUCCUUUUCCGGACAGCGUUACACGCCAAGCGAAGCCCCCGGCCCCUGCUCUCCGCUUCCUUUGGACAGCUCCUUGUUGACAUCCUUAAGCACCAUCUACCUGCCCUUUUGGAGCGAACACGCAAGUUUGCCAAUCAGGCAUCCUGCAAUACCCUGAUCGGCCAUUUAUCUGCCGCAUGCUCCGCUUCUCACGAGAACAAAGUAGGGGCAGAGGAGAUUAAAGGCCGUUGUCGCCGCGCGCGGUGCCUGUACAUUAUGCAGCACGAAUGGGCAGUGGUCGGACCUGGGGAUAAAAUAGAUUACAUAGUCAGCGACGACGCCACAACGUGCCAUUUGGUGGGCAUUCGGGAACCGUGUACAGGUGUUGUGGGUCUGGCCCAUGUCGACGCUGUGGAGGUGGUGCCAGAUUUGGUGGCCGUUGAAGACGCCGUCCAGAAAGAAAGCAUGCUGCGGUCGGAGAGCCAUGCUGGGAAUGCCCUAGGUGGCUUUCGACGGCCGACUGAGCCGCUAACCUUGGAUCUCUUUCUGGUCGGGGGCUACGAGGGCGACAGCGAGGGCGGACUCUUGACGGCUGCGAUCCUGCAGCAUUUUCAAUCCACGUCUGUGCACAAGUAUAACCUACAGCUGGCACUUGUUUCCUCUCUCAACACGUGCACACUCCCCAGUGUUUUUUCUUCCCCCUCUAUGACGCCUUCGGUCCCCGCUCCCCUCUGCCGUUCCCUGGGCUUUGUAAUAGAGCCCCCCCGUAACCCUGCCGCAGCGGCCCCCUCCAAAGCCAGUGGAUCCUGUGAUCUUUUUGGGGCGCACGUGCUCACGGGAGACGUACCAGAGAGCUUGCGGGGUCCCAUGCGGACGCUUCGUGCCCUCCGCCUUUGGGGAAGAGGGUCUCGUAGACUCGUGCAAGUCCGGCUGGCGCACUCUCCGGGAGAAGCCGGAGUGGCGGCGUUCGAUCAGGAGGAAAUCGCGAACUCCUCACGAUGUUCUCGGCCUCAACCCAAGUCUUGCCCCUCUUUCUCCUGUCCUCCCUCCGCCCCGUCCGCCUCCAAUUCCGAGGUCAGCAUCGUCAUCAACCCCUUCCGGUUCCGUUGUUCGGAAGACAUCAAGGCCCUGGCCUGCCUGGAGGACGAGGCGCUCAAAUUGGAAACGUCCACUUCUCCGGCCAUCGAAUCCCCGUCCUUUGUCUCGGACAUUCGGGCAGUCUUGAAAAUGAAUCAAACGGCUUUUCCCGAAGAUUUCUUCGGGCCACGUGUCUCGCAACCGUUACUGGUACCUCUGCACGCGGUUGAGGCGGCAACGCUGCUGACAGCGGAGAGUAAAGGAGGGGAAGAGAGAAGGGGAAACAGAAGAAUAAAUGUGACAUGAAACUAUGCAGAUA